AAUAUUUCCUCUGAUAAAAAUUCUCCGAAGAGACCGUUACAACGCAUUCGUUACCGAAUCAGUCCUAAAAGUUACUUAGUGAAAUAUUUAAGUGUUUAUUUAGUUCGUGUUAAAAGAACUCACAAAUUACCUAAAGACAUCUCUAUAUCUCGUCCACACUGCUAGGCUGAUCUGGUAGAAUGUCUGCAAACCAAGAGGCUUUGAGGAAUAGUGCAAGGAUGACUUCAACAUCUUUCAACGUGGGUCUGAACGACAACACGCGUCUGUCUAGCCGAGUGCUGCGCCCUCCCGGCGGCGGCCACACCGACAUCUUCGGAGGGGAGCCCGAGCCGCAGCAGACUCCGCGCCGCGGACCUCCCGCGUCCACCAUCGGAUCUGUCGUCGGACCCGAUGAGCCGAAGCCAACCAACGGCACAGAAGCGAGCCAGAACGGUCAGAAGAGCCCGGUGGAGGCAGCCCCCGCGCCGGUGGAGGCGGCGGCCAAGCCGGCCAGCCCCGUGAAGUCGGAGCCGGCGGCGGGGGCCCGCGCCGAGCCGCCCAAGCGCGUCCGCGUGCCGCCCGGCGGCUUCUCGUCGGGGCUGUGGUAAGCCCGCCCCGCCCGCUUCGUUUCUCGCGCAGAAGAUUCCCGGUGGGACCAGUUUCGUUCGUUUGCAUUGGGCGCUCAUCUGCAUCUGUUUCGGCCUCUGUAUUGCUGUCCCGCGACAGCCUUCGGUAUAUAAAUUGUUUGGUACCGGUCUGCGUAGAAAUUACUAAGUGUUAGUCUUCGGCCGAUCUCCUAUCUUUGGCUUUUGUGCGGAACGUAUUCGCCUGAUGUGAACGUUGUUAGAUUUAUUUAGGGUAUAUGCUGUGCCUUUGAUUUUCAAAAGUUGUGUUGGUUGUAGAUAGUUUUGUUAAAUAUGUGAUUGCUCCCUGGUCCACUGUCGGGUCUCUUAGAAUUUUGCUUGAUAAGAUAACGAUGGUUCUUUUACAAUCCUCGCAAAAAGGAAUUCUUUCAUAUUUACUGAACAGGAACAUUUUCUUUCAAUACUAGUAUUAUUUACCUAUAUAGUUAGGAAAUUAUUUUCUUAUAUUUUAAUCUUGCAUUAUAUCCAGCUUUUGUGUCAAAGCAAAGCGUAUUGUGCUCGCCAAACUCUCUAUUAGGAAUGUGAAGGUCACAAUUUGGUUAAGAUUUCCUUCAAGGCCAAACAUUAUUAACAUUUUAUAUUACUAUUUAAAUUUUUCAUUCAAAUUUCGUAUUAAUGUCAAGCUGUCUAGAGGUUAUUAUCGUGUAAGGCUUUAAAUUGGUGUGUAUCAAAGGUAUGUUGGCGUUUCGAUGAUUUUUACAUACUUUUUAAACAGACUGAUCUGUGCCUAGUGAAGUUGAUGUUGUACUUAAAAUUUGACUCAAUUUAGCAUUUCAUGUUUUGCAGUUGUGGUUUUUAUUAAAAAUAACUAUUGUAUGCCUUCGCUGGCAAAUGCGAUUAUGUAUAUUGAUAAUGAUAAUUGUAUUUUUAUAUGAAUUACAAAAUGUAAAAAACA